AUGGUUGCAUUUUUACGAAAACCAUCAAUAACAAUAAAUUAUUUAAAAUGGUAUAAUGAUAGUUGUACUAUUGACGUCAUAACAACGUCUCCAAUUAUUGAAUGUGAUCGUUCAUUACGUCUUUAUUGUAGUACAAUAACAGAAAAAUGUGAAUGUUUAAAUAAUAUGUAUUGGAAUGGUUCAUUUUGUGAUUGUUCGUCUGGAAUGUUUUAUUCAGGUAAUAAUUACUGUCAAGAACGUUAUGUCUUUGGUCAAAUAUGUAAUUCUCAAAUUGAUUCAUGUAUGGAAUAUUUAAUAUGUUCAACAAGUACAAAUACAUGUGAUUGUCCAUCCAAUUCAUAUUAUAAUCAAACAGCAUGUAAUCUAAAACUACCUUUUAAUGCAACUCAAUCAUGUACAUUAUCAAGUCAAUGUGUUACAGGUCUUGUAUGCAGUUCUAAUGUAUGUACAUGUCCAACAUCACAAUCAUGGAGCAGUGAUGGUUGUUCAAAUUCAUCUGCAUAUGGUGAAUAUUGUCUAACUAAUACUCAAUGUGAUAGUUCCGCACUUUUAAUAUGUAAUAGUACAUAUUCGAGAUGUGCAUGUAAUAUAAAUUCUUAUUGGACUGGUAAAAUUUGUGUUGCACGUCGUAAUAAUGGUUCAUUAUGUAAUAAUACUCAACAAUGUUAUUCAAAUUUAAUAUGUAUUAAUAAUUAUUGUCAAUGUCCAUUAAUUAAUACACAAUAUUGGUCAAGUCAAACAUUAACCUGUCAAUUAUGUUAUGGUAAAAAUCUCUUUCUUUUCAGUGGUAUCUGUUAUAAUAUACCACCACCAACAAAUUCAACAUUAUCAACAUAUACAACACUUUCAUUAACUUAUACAUUAUCAACAAUUCAAUAUGAUUAUCAACUUAAUUAUUUAUUUAACCAACAUGCACGAGUUUAUAAUUGGAUACCUAUUUAUUUUGCAUCAAAUAAUCCAAUAGGAAAUUAUUUUCAUUGGACACCAGACAAUACAUUGAUCAAAUCAAUAUAUUUUUGUAAUGAAACAAUUCAAUCAAAUUAUAUUGGUUAUGUUUUAUCGUUUAAACUUGAAGCAUAUACAUCAUGUCUUCGUGCUUGGUCAAGUACAACUAUUGGACAAUUAGCUUAUCAACUUAAUAAUUAUAACUAUCAUACUCGAUAG